UGGUGAAUCACAUCCUAAUUUACUUUUUUGUGAAGAUUCUACGAGAAACAAAAAGAAGAGAACAUGACAUUUGCAUCAGAGAUCCCAUUAAACAUCAUUCGAACCGCCAUCUGGGAAUUUACUAAUAGCAGCAACAUUGAACAAGUUUACCUUUUCUAUCAAAGCUCUUUCCGGAAAGUUGUAAGGCUCAUAACUGGUACGUUAUAAUAAACUGAGAUAACUGAUCGCAGUAGUGAUUAAGAGAAUCUAAUUUUAUUGUCUUUUAAAAAUCAUAAUUGAUGUAACAUUAACGUACCAAAAAUAGUUCGGUGCCCUUCUACGGGCUGAAUAUACGAUGAAUGCUAUACAACUCGUUCACGAUCAAACAACGUGCUUGGAACAUACCGUUGCACAUACCGAACAAGAGUGAGAUGAAAAAAAAAAUAAGACCAGUGUAUUCGUUCACAAGUGAUAAUAGGAAAAAAUCAGUGUACACCUGGACCGAAUCCGUUCAACGUCACGAAUCACCAUGCUUGGAUAGCGCCAACAGAAUCAAGAACAAUCAUGCCCACUCCGCUGUAUCUGAUACAUAGUACCAGAGCAGUCCGUUCCGAAACGCAACGAAGUUUGGACGCGUAUGACUGUCCGCCGGAGGACGAUGAGCUACACACUGCUCCACAUUUGGGGAAUUGGUUGCUUUCUAGACUACGGAAAUCAGGAGGAAGUUUCGUUUACUCCAGCAAAUCGGAUAAUAUGAACCAGUUGGAGAAUAGCGAACUACAAUCGAUACUCUCGCAGUCUGUCGAUGCCGAUGUUUGUCUGUUAAGCGAGAGCCCAUUUCGGAUUCUACGGGCGGCCGAAUCUGGAAACUUGGACGAAUUUAUAAGACUAUACGAAGGCGACAACGGAAGACUGGUGGUAAAAGAUAGCAAAGGUCGCACGGCGGCACAUCAGGCUGCCGCCAGAAAUCGCAUCAACAUCCUUAGUUUCAUUCACGGUCAUGGAGGCGACUUGAAUGCACAAGAUAUUUUCGGCAAUACCCCGCUUCAUGUAGCUGUCGAGAAUGACUCACUGGACGCGUUGGAGUUUUUACUGAAAAUACCGGUCGCCACAAAUGUUUUGAACGAGAAAAAACUGGCUCCCGUACAUCUGGCUACCGAGCUGAACAAAGUCAAAGGAUUGCUUGUGAUGGGAAAAUAUCGGAACACCAUCGAUAUUCAGCAGGGCGGGGAGCACGGUCGCACUGCGCUACACCUUGCCGCCAUUUACGACAACGAGGAGUGUGCACGAAUAUUGAUUUCUGACUUCGGUGCGUGUCCACGAAGACCGUGCAACAACGGGUACUAUCCGAUUCAUGAGGCAGCGAAAAAUGCUAGCUCCAAAACAAUGGAGGUAUUUUUCCAAUGGGGAGAAUCGAAGGGUUGUACCCGGGAGGAAAUGAUUUCCUUCUACGACUCGGAAGGCAAUGUACCACUUCAUUCAGCAGUUCAUGGAGGAGACAUCAAAGCAGUCGAACUAUGUCUGAAGUCCGGAGCCAAAAUAUCCACCCAGCAGCAUGAUCUCUCUACGCCAGUUCACUUGGCGGCGGCACAGGGUGCUAUUGAAAUCGUGAAACUUAUGUUUGUGAUGCAACCACAAGAGAAAAAAAUUAGUAUGCAUUGUACUGAUAUUCAAAAGAUGACCCCAUUGCAUUGUGCAGCCAUGUUCGAUCAUCCGGAGAUUGUGGAUUACCUUGUUCACGAGGGAGCAGAUAUCAACGCCUUGGACAAAGAAAAUCGUUCUCCGUUACUGCUAUCAGCUUCCAGAGGUGGUUGGCGUACGGUUAUGGUGCUCAUUCGUUUGGGUGCCGACAUAUCGCUGAAGGAUAUAAAUUCACGAAAUGUACUCCAUCUCGUGAUCAUAAACGGUGGCCGACUGGAUGACUUCGCCAAGGAAGUGAGCUGCACUCAACCUGAGACCCAUUUGCUAGAGCUGUUGAAUGAAAAAGAUAAAACUGGUUGUUCUCCACUGCAUUACGCCAGCCGCGAAGGUCACAUUCGUUCACUAGAAAAUCUAAUCCGACUUGGCGCUUGCAUUAAUUUGAAAAACAAUAACAAUGAAAGUCCGCUACAUUUUGCAGCCCGAUAUGGACGCUAUAAUACAGUCCGACAGCUAUUAGAUUCCGAAAAAGGAUCUUUUAUCAUUAAUGAAAGCGACGGCGAAGGGUUAACUCCACUACACAUCGCGUCAAAAGAAGGCCAUACAAGAGUUGUCCAGCUUCUGUUAAAUAGAGGAGCGCUUCUUCACAGGGACCACAAUGGACGAAAUCCGUUGCAUUUGGCUGCAAUGUCCGGUUAUACACAAACCGUAGAGUUAUUGCAUUCAGUGCACUCUCAUCUGCUGGAUCAAGUGGAUAAAGAUGGAAAUACUGCCUUGCAUCUAGCCUCCAUGGAAAACAAACCGAACGCUGUGAUUCUUCUAUUGAGUCUAGGUUGUAAAUUGCUCCACAACUCUAUGGAUAUGAAUGCAAUAGAUUACGCAAUUUACUACAAGUAUCCAGAGGCAGCCUUAGCAAUGGCUACGCACGAGGAACGUUCCGCCGAAAUUAUGGCACUCAAGUCUGACAAACACCCCUGCGUAACUUUAGCACUAAUUGCCUCGAUGCCUCAGGUUUUCGAAGCUGUCCAGGACAAUUGCAUCACGAAGGCGAACUGCAAGAAGGAUUCAAAAAGCUUUUACAUAAAAUAUUCUUUUAGCUGUCUGCAAUGUCCGGUGCUUUACGCUCAGAUGGACUCUCGAACGGGAGAGGCGGUUGAGAUUUCGAAACCAAUACCCCUACCAGCACUCAACGCAAUGGUCGCCCAUGGACGUGUCGAAUUGUUGGCCCACCCACUAAGCCAGAAAUAUUUGCAAAUGAAGUGGAACUCGUAUGGCAAAUAUUUCCAUCUUGCCAACCUUUUGUUCUAUAGUGUGUUCCUCUUCUUUGUGACGCUUUUCACUUCCCAGCUUAUGCGGAACGGAUCGCCACCAUCCCACAUUCCAAGUAACGAAACGACAUCCCACGAAGCCGUUAGUGAUGAACAUGUCCUGCCAGUGCCAGUAGCAUUGAUGUCUAGAACGAGACCGUUUCAAUACAUUACCUACCACAAUUCCACCCAACCUACGAUAGAGGAGGUCAUGACAAUUACAACAACUACGCUGGUUUCCGGAGUUGGUAUUAUUGUUUACAUCGUUUGCAAUGCAUUGCGCGAAAUGCUACAGGCAUAUCAGCAGAAGUGGCACUACCUUAUCGAGCCGAUUAACUUAAUCUCGUGGAUUCUAUACUUUUCCGCACUCAUCAUGGUGUGGCCGAUGUUCAACGAUGGUCGAUGCUACAGUGGAAACUUCUCUGCUGCUUCGGUAACGGUAUUUCUGUCCUGGUUUAAUCUUCUGCUUUUCCUGCAACGAUUCGAUCAGGUUGGCAUUUACGUUGUCAUGUUUUUGGAAAUUCUGCAGACACUCAUUAAAGUACUGACGGUGUUCUCUAUUCUGAUAAUCGCCUUUGGACUCGCUUUCUACAUAUUGCUGUCAAAGAUAAUCAACCCACAGGCGAACCAUUUGUCUUUUUCUUCGAUUCCGAUGUCGCUAAUGCGGACCUUUUCGAUGAUGCUGGGAGAAAUCGAUUUUCUUGGAACAUAUGUGCAGCCAUUCUACAAUUCGGAACUUCCAUUUCCCAUUGCUUCAUACAUGAUACUCAGUCUCUUCAUGAUACUGAUGCCGAUUUUGCUUAUGAACCUGCUGAUCGGUUUGGCGGUUGGAGACAUCGAAUCAGUUCGUCGGAAUGCCCAGCUGAAGCGACUGGCUAUGCAGGUUGUUCUACACACCGAACUGGAGAGAAAACUACCGCACAUGUGGCUCGAAAUGGUUGAUAAGAUGGAACUGAUUGAGUAUCCUAACGAAAAGAAAUGCAAACUCGGAUUCCUUGAUUCGGUUCUACGUAAGUGGUUUUGCAAUCCAUUUACCGAUGAUUGCAAAGGAGGUAUUGAUUUCGUACUAGAUAGCCACGAGGACUACAUUGUCACCGAGUUAGAAAAGCAGAAGAAAAAACUACGAGAGAUGGGAAGUGCAUUAGACGUUCAGCACCAAUUACUGAGACUGAUAGUACAGAAAAUGGAAAUUAAAACCGAGGCGGAUGACAUGGACGAAGGAGUGGCCACUCACGAUCACAGAGGGCUAGCAGCCUUGGGAAAUGCAUCACGGUGGUCCUCACCGAAGAUUCGAAAGAAGCUGCGCGCAGCCCUGAGUUUCAAUAAAUCUAUUAGCAAGUAAUUAAUAUCCGUCAAUAAUCAAACCUAUUUGGGAAUGUAACUGGAUUUAAAAUUUCAAGAAGUUUUGAAACUUAAACUGUCACUGAAAAAACUUGAAAAAUAAACGCCACACAAACAGUUUACAACGAAAUCAUGACUACAAUUUUCAUACGCGCAAUUGCAAUUGACAAAGUUCUAUGAAACUGUUAAUCCAUUGUAUAUAGCAUAUAAUUCUAAUUAAUAUUUUGUGUGAAUUAAUUACUUUUACUAUACUACCAUAUAAUACUACUAGGCAUGGUGCAGUAUAUACCUCACCUGGAGCAUUUACGUAUUUUUGCACGUGGAUAUCAAAUCGUGAUGAAAGCGAUAAAUCACCCCUUUUGCGGGUUUUAACGAAACACCUAAAUGAAAAAAUCAAUGUAUGUUUUUACUAAAGUGUACUAAAACAAAAUGCUACUGGGAGCAGACUUUAUUGAGAUACGAAUAUGAACAGUUCAGGUUUCAAAAAAAAAUAUCAGGGUUUCCAUAUUUAGAAUUUUGAGCGAUUCCAGUAUAUGCGAUAUAGCGCUUGAAAUAGUAUACGAUUUAAUGUUUAACUAGCAACAACUAUUCCACUUAAUUAUUUAUUAGCUUUUCAUCUUACGCGUUGAAAAAUGUGCAGAAAAAAUGUAUUAUAAUAAGCAUUCUUUCUAUUUUCUGUGAACAUUUUGAUUCAGAUGCUGAAAUAAAUUUUAGAAUUUGUCCAUUAGUGAUACUUACCGUACAUAUUAAAAUAUGUUUUGUAACUGAAUGUGAUAAACAAAAACUGUGUGUUAUCAAGUAGACAUUAAGAGUGUAUUAAAAGUGUUGUGUUUAUAACAUUAUUGUGGAAAAUAAUUGUUCAGAAAAAAACAAUUA